AUGGAGGCCGAACCGGCCCAUUCGAUGGGCUUCAUCGGCUGCUCCAUGGCCGAGAACGUCGCUCAGGGAUACGUCGCCGUCGGCGGGCAGCGCAUGUGGGGCCCGUACGGAACAAGCGGCAUGGUGGUCCAGUCCUGGACAAGCACCACCUCAGCGUCCUGGAAGCUGUUCGACACUCAGGUCGCCAAGUACGGCAAGCCCAACGCAGUCUGGGUGCAAGUCUGUAUCUUCGCGAAUCCGGGGGCCACCUACGAGGAGGUCAAAAGUCUUAUCGCCAAUGCCCGCCAACACGCAGCACCCGGCGCGAAGAUUUACAUCACUGGCCAGCCAAUAUACCCAGACAACCCAUCGAGUUGUGCUUUAGCUGGGCCUACAGGGCCAGCGCUGACAGAGUCCCUGGCCAAGCAGGCUGCCGCGGACGCUACCCAGAAUGUGACCUACCCGGGUACAUUCCAGCUAAUGAAAGGACAAGAGGUUGACGGCUGCCACGCCAACACUGCUGGGCAGGCGUCGUUGGGCAAGCAGGCGGUAGCAUUCUGGGGCUGA